AUGAAGUUCUCGGUCGCCACCAUCUUCCUCGGCAUCGUCGCCGUUGCCUCCGCCCUCCCCAAGGACCCAUCCGUGGUGACCCGCCAGAACCAAAACCGCCCCGUGCCCCAAGGCACCUGCUGCGUCGCCAACACCAGCCUCAAGCAGGACACCUGCACCGCCGCCAACGGCCAGACCGGCCGCUGCGUGCCCGGCGGCAACAACUGCGGCGGCAGACUCAGCUGCAUCGCACAGAGCAACCUGACAUGCGACAACAACGUGGUGGAGCGCGGCAAGAGCCUGUGCCGGGCCAACGCCCCCGGCGGCGGGCUCCACGACGGCGCCAACAUCAUCCAGAACUUGAGGGAGGCUGCCGCUAACUAG